AAACAACUCCGACGACCCCCUCCUCCUCGUAACCACCGUCUGUACCGACUCUUCCCAAACCUGCAGAGCAGAGCACCACCGCCGCGACGGCAAGCUAAAGCAGCAUCUGUCCUCGAUCCGGACAGCCAUGGGCCCAUGGCGGCCGCACCCUCGCCGCCACGCCCUCGCCUCUCCCUCCGGCAUCUUGGAGACGUCCGCCCGAGGGAUCCAGCCUCCGCUCCCCCCGGAAUCCCGCCGCCUCCCCGCAAAGCUCUCGCGCCCGUCGCCAGAGCCGCGUGCGCGCCGGCGCCGGCGCGAGGCGGCGGUGACGCGACGGAGGAGCCGGGCCAGGCGCCCGGCGACUGGGCGCGCUCCUGGGCUCCGCCGCCCUGCUCGGCUGCCGCCGAGGACUCCAUCAAGGCGUCCGGGUUCGGGCUGCGGAGCCUCGGCUGGCCCGACGAUGCCGUCGUGGUCACACCUGCCACAUCGCCGGUGCUCGAGCUGUGGGGAGCAAUUCCGGCCGGCUGACUGUCCUAGCAGUUUUGAGAGUAAAAAGGACCGGAGGGAGUACUACUCGGCUUUGGAGCCCGGCAGGAAGAUCACCGGAGCCCAGCCCCAGACCUGCGUCUCCAUCCUCCUCUGUCGCCUGCCUGCAGCCUGCGUGUUACUGUUCCCCAACCCCAAUCCCAACGGAAGCCAGGGAAGGUAAAAGUUGGUGGGGGAGGGAAGGAAAGGGAUGCACGGGCAAUGCCAUUGCCAAUGGAAGGAAGGCCGACAAGGGACCAGGAGCCAGGUGCGAAUCAUCUGCUCUGCUGCAUGCAGUGCCACGGCUGGCCCGCGCUGCCGAGCCGAGCGUGGACUGGAGUUGGUCCCUCUCCCUCGCUCGUUGCUCUCACUGGUCGCACGGGCCUACAUGUACAUGGCAACUACGCCUUCGUCCUCUUGCUCCUCUCUUAAAUGGGAUUUCUCCAACA